AUGAAACUGGUGGGUUUACUGCUUUGUAUGAUUGCUCUUUGCUCUCCUUGGGCAGAUGCUUUAUACUUUUAUCUCGAAGGAUCUGAAAAGAAAUGUUUCUUGGAAGAACUACCCAAAGAAACAAUGGUAACUGGUACUUAUACAGCUGAACAACUCUCGGAUACCCAAAACAAAUGGAUUAUCAACCAUCAAUUAAAGAUCGAUAUUUCUGUGGAAGAAAUCCCUCAAGGUAAUGUGGUUGUGUCGCGUCAAGGUGGAGCCAAGGGUAGAUUCACUUUUACUUCUGCAGAAUCUGGUGAUCAUUCUAUUUGUUUAUCUGCUGCCCCUACUUCAUGGUUUGACUCUACAAAGACUAGAAUUACCUUUGAUAUGGAUUUUGAUGAUCCAGCUGGAGAUGGACAUGAUCAUAAGGAAACAUUGACUGAUUUGGCUAGAAAGGUGCAUGAAUUGAAUGAACGCGUUCAAGAUAUCCGUAGAGAACAACUUUCUCAACGUGAACGUGAAAUUGAAUUCCGGGAUCAAUCUGAAUUGACCAACUCUCGUGUGGUAUGGUGGACUGUAGUUCAACUGAUUGUACUUGGUGUUGUUUGUGUCUGGCAAAUGCGUCAUUUCAAGAGCUUCUUUGUGGCCAAGAAGUUGGUAUAGUUUAGCUUUAGUGAUGUUUGUAUGUUGGUAGAAACUCCAUAUAAUAAAGUAAAAUAAAAAAAAAAAAAAUGAAAUGCAC